AUGGACCUCCUGAAAAGAGUCGCGUGUAUACCAUCUCUCGAGUCUCUCUGCAUUGACGGCGCUUUAACGAGCACUGUAUCUGAUACUCCAUUCCGUCUGCCUCUACAACACAUUCGCAAUCUAACACUCAAAGAAUGCGAGAUUGGCGACAUCUUCUUGCGAUCCAUCGUCAAGUCGUUCGGAAGUUUGAAAUCCCUCCGUAUCCAGCUACCGUCUCUCAUGGUGCAUUUGAAUAUAUAUUGCAACUUGCAAGCGCUUCUCGAAAGUCUCGCGUCAAACUCUGGAACCCUGGAGCAACUGCAGGUAUACAUGGCGAAAGGCUCAUGUGAACCAAACAUAACACCAGCCGAAGUUUUCGACCUCCGCUCUUUCACUCACCUCAAGGCUCUUGAAAUCAACACGGGAUUUCUGUUCACACCAACACCGGACUCAGAGCCUUCUUUCACCGCACUACUACCCACUUCACUCGACGACAUAUACUUGCGAAUGGCAGACAAGAGAUUCGCAAAACACCUGCAAGUGCUCACCGAAGAAUAUAGAAGCUUCCCAAAUCUAAAGACCCUGGAUAUCGGUAUUGAAGAUAUGCCAAGUAUCCACGCCAUGGAUCAAGCAGAGGUGGACUGGAAAAUGGCACUGAAUCAUUGUGCAAGAGAACUUCGAGAUGGGGGUAUUGAGUGCAAUGUACCGGUUGAAGGCACUCAUUUCAACCUUUCUUGCGGCAACGACUAA